AUGACUAUCUUAUUCAAGCGCAUCCGGAUCGCCUACUUUUCCACGAUAUGCAUCCUAUCGGCCGUCGUGUUAGCCGCGUCCGCGUAUUUCGCGAAUAUCUAUCUCCCUGACAACAAGGCUCAUGCGGGGUUUUCAGUAUAUGCUCUAGUCAUAUCAGCUCUUACCAUAAUAUCUGGCUUCAUACAACUAUUCUCUCGAGCGCAACCCCGUACGGAAACGCCGUUCCUAUUCAUCGUUGGCGUAUUCUGGCUCAGCGUGGCUGCAUGGGCACUAGAUCAGUCAGUCGAUCAAGAGUGUUAUGGGUUAGGAAACACGCAAACGUCAACAAAACAUGGCGAUGUGUCCUCGAGGGCCAUCUGCUAUGCGACGAAAAUUGUGGAGGCGUUCUCUUGGACGGUAUUCGUCAUGUUUGCCAUUGCCUUCAUCAUCGUCAUCAAUCGCACAGCAACUGCAAAGGUGCUGGGGCAUCCCGAUAUCUGGGCAGAGCCCAUGGACAACCUGCCUUGGUAUGACGAGCUGCCCGGCUAUCCGGGCGAGUCGUGGUUCGGUAGCGACUUCCACCGCUACCACCAUCGGUACGGGUACGAGCAGGGCGCGCCCUUGACAGGAGCAGGGCGUACAGCUGCUUCCCGGGCGGGAUACGGGCAGCUGUCGCCUACCAUCACGGAACCGAUGAUGGAGAGGCAACCGAGCCCGCCCGAGGAUCACUACACGCGCGCACGUGAAAAGUCCUCCCGUCGCAGCCGGAGGGCAGCCAGUCCUCGGACAAACCCCUACGAAAACGGUACAUCAAGGACGCACGGUAGAUCGCGAUCGAUUAGGCAGCCCACUGUGGACGUCGACUAUGGGCAACAGCUUGCUUCCGGGGUGCCUAUGGCUACCUCCCAGUACGCGGAAGGGUACGGACAUGAUCAGGCCCUUCCAGGUAUGCCUAUCGCCACGACGACACAGCCCGGUGUGGGCGCUACCGUCAAUGUAGGAGGGGCUCAAGUUCAGCAACUUCCUGGCCAUUCUAUGAUUAUCAGAGGGGGCAGCAAGGGCGCUCCUCCGCAGAUCGAGCAAGUCCCCGGCUAUUACAACGGCCCUUAA